GAGAGUACGCCUGUCCGCGCAGUGUUCCGCCCUCAUGAACUUCUGGAGAUAGGAACCCCGCUGCAAACCUAGGCUGCUUCAUACCGCUUCGGUCUCCGGCCAUCUUCUCGCCUCUUGUUUUUUAGAGGGUCGUUAAGGAAUUAAUGAUCCGAAGGCACCACCGUACCUCUCCAUCAAUUAAUUCGGCGUUUACAGUACAUGCUUUACACCUGGACUUCCAUUGCGUGUGGAGAGCUCGCACUUUCUUUUGUCAUAUUUACUUUUCUCGAGGAUACUACCUGUACCCCUACUGAUGGAACAGGGUCACUCCAACGCUCUCAAGCAGCCCCCCAGCACCACAUAACAUUUCCUUGAGGAACGCGUCCAUUGCUGGCUCCCAACAAACAUGGACUGUUUUCCCAUGCUUUAUUUUCUGUCGAGACAUCAUGAUUCCUGGUAAUCGAAUGCUGAUGGUCAUUUUAUUAUGCCAAGUCCUGCUGGGAGAGAGCAUCCAUGCUAGUCUGAUACCUGAGGAAGGGAAGAAGAAAGCCCCGGGCCUGCAGAGUCGGACGGCUGGUCAGAGCCAUGAACUGCUGCGGGACUUUGAGGCCACGCUGCUGCACAUGUUUGGGCUGCAGAGGCGACCGCGGCCCAGCCGCUCGGCCACCGUGCCACGCUACAUGCUGGACCUCUACCGACUGCAGUCGGGUGAGGCCGAGGAGGCCGGUGCUCAUGACGCCGCCUUCGAGUACCCCGAGAGGUCGGCUAGCCGCGCCAACACCGUGAGGGGCUUCCACCACGAAGAACACAUGGAGCGGGUUCAUCCGGGCGAGCUUCAGACGAAGAACGGCGAGGCCGUCCCGCUGCGCUUCCUCUUCAACCUCAGCAGCAUACCAGAGGACGAGCUGCUCUCGUCGGCCGAGCUGCGUCUGUUCCGGCAGCAGAUCGACGAGGCCAUUUCGGGAAGCGGGGGGGACAAGGAGGGGCUCCACCGGAUAAACGUGUACGAGGUGCUGAAGCCCCCGCGGGCCGGGCAGCUAAUCACGCGGCUCUUGGACACGCGGCUGGUUCGCCAUAACGCCUCGCGCUGGGAGAGCUUCGACGUGAGCCCCGCCUUGCUGCGUUGGACACGGGAGCGCCUACCCAACCACGGGCUGGCUGUGGAGGUCCAGCACCUCAACCAGACACCGCGCCACCAGGGCCGCCACGUGCGCAUCAGCCGCUCACUGCACCAGGAGCCCGGAGAGGACUGGGAGCAGCUACGCCCCCUGUUGGUCACCUUCGGCCACGACGGCAAGGGCCACCCGUUGACGCGCCGGGCCAAGCGCAGCCCAAAGCAGCGGGGGCGUAAGCGCAACCGCAACUGCCGCCGUCACGCGCUCUACGUGGACUUCAGUGAUGUAGGCUGGAAUGACUGGAUAGUGGCGCCCCCAGGGUACCAGGCAUACUACUGCCAUGGGGAGUGCCCCUUCCCCCUGGCAGACCACCUGAACUCUACCAACCACGCCAUCGUGCAGACGUUGGUGAACUCGGUGAACACCAACAUUCCCAAGGCCUGCUGCGUGCCCACGGAGCUCAGUGCCAUCUCCAUGCUCUACCUGGACGAACACGACAAGGUAGUCCUAAAAAACUACCAGGAAAUGGUAGUGGAAGGGUGCGGCUGCCGCUAACACUGACUAUGGGCAACUUAAGGCAGGCAGCACAGACGCUAAGAAAAGACCCCACUUUACUCCCAAAAAUCUUCACUUGGACCUUUAUUUAUAACUUUUAUGUUGCAAUGUAUGUUUGUCAAAUAUUUUGGUUUCCUUGACAAUAUGAUCAUAUAUUUUGACAAUAUAUAUAUAUAUAUUUAUAUCUACAUAUAAAAAAAUAAAAGUGAGUCCUUAUUUUAAACAUAAAUAAAAAGCUGUACAACUUUUCAUAAUGUAUAUUAGAUUGUAUAAGGUUUUUAAAAUGAGAAAAUAGUAUAAAAAAAAUAAAAAAUAACAAAGUUUAUUUACUGGUAAUAUUUAUUGCUUUUAUAUUAUAUACAUUUAAAAAUUAAAAGAUAAAUUGCCUUCCAAUAUUACAUUUGAGCAGAUCAUAAGAAGCACCAAUUGUGUACUUAAAUUAGAGCACUGUGUGAAAUUAUCACAACACUGAUUUGUUAUGAAUCAGUUGAAGUAAUCAGAAAUGUGCAUUGAUUUUAAUUCACCUCUUUACAUUGAUCUUUAAACCAAUUAUUUUAUUAGAUAAAUCCCUUGAGUAACAAUUAGAUUAUUUUAUAGAAUUGUACAAAUCUAUCAGAUAAUAUGGGUUGGGAAAAAUGAAAAGUUGACAGCAAAGGUCCAUGACUGUUUUAUAUGAGUUUGUAUUUAACAUGUUUGGGUCUGAUACUUUUGAAAAUGUACUCAAGUAAUUGUUGCAAUUCAUUAUAACAGAGGAAUCUUUCUGAUGCUCUGUCUCUCCCAAAUAAAAUAAUGUUCGGUUUCAUAUCUGGCAUUAUCCAACUUG